AUUAUUUAAUUCUUGGAUAUGUCAACUCCUCAAAUAAAAUCAAAAUUGGUUCAAACCUUUGGAAGAAAGAAGAAUGCCGUCGCCAGUGCAAGUGUUAGAGAAGGAAAGGGUUUGGUAAGAGUGAAUGGAGCUCCAAUUGAAUUAGUCAAUCCAGCCCCAUUGAGAUAAAAGGCUCUCGAACCAUUAUUACUUCUUGGUUAAGUCAGAACAGGCAGAUUGGAUAUCAGAGUCACAGUUAGAGGUGGAGGAAGCACUGCUUAAAUUUAUGCCAUUAGAUAGGUAGAAUUAGCAAUCUUAAAUAUUACUUAGGCCAUC